AUGGCGGUCGGAGUGAUCGUGAGCACGGGCGGUGGCAAGGAGCACCCGGGGAAGAUGACGCUGUUCGUCUUCCUGACUUGCCUCGUCGCCUCCUCCGGUGGCCUUAUUUUUGGCUACGACAUUGGAAUUUCUGGUGGAGUGACGUCCAUGGAUUCCUUCCUCUCCCGUUUCUUUCCGUCGGUCUACAAGCAGCAGAUGGCAGACUCGAGCACCAACCAAUACUGCAAGUUCGACAGCCAGUUGCUGACUCUCUUCACGUCCUCUCUGUAUUGGGCCGCCCUCCUUUCAUCCUUCCUUGCGUCGACGGUGACGAGGAUGUUCGGGAGGAAGUGGUCCAUGUUCGCGGGAGGGAUCACCUUUCUGCUGGGCUCCGCCAUCAACGGCGCCGCCAUGAACGUCCUGAUGCUCAUACUCGGCCGCGUCCUCCUCGGCAUCGGCAUUGGCUUCGCGAAUCAGGCUGUGCCGCUCUACCUCUCCGAGAUGGCACCUGCUGAUCUCCGGGGCACGCUUAACAUCGGCUUCCAGCUGAUGAUCACCGUCGGAAUCUUCGUCGCCAACCUCAUCAACUACGGGACAGCCUCCAUCAAAGGUGGCUGGGGAUGGCGCGUCAGCCUCGGGCUCGCCGCGGUCCCGGCCCUCGUCAUCACCAUCGGCUCGCUGGUGCUGCCCGACACUCCCAACUCGAUCAUCGAGCGCGGCCACGACGAAGAGGCCAAGGCCAUGCUCCGCAAAAUCCGUGGCACCGAAGACAUCCGAGCCGAGUACGACGACCUCGUGGCGGCCAGCGAUGCAGCCAAGAGCGUCCACCAUCCUUGGUCCAACAUAUUGCAGAGGAAGUACAGGCCGCAGCUCACCAUGGCCAUUCUGAUCCCCUGCUUCCAGCAGCUCACCGGCAUUAAUGUCAUCAUGUUCUACGCUCCCGUGCUCUUCAAAACCAUCGGCUUCGGCAGCGAGGCCUCCCUCGCGUCGGCAGUGAUCACCGGCAUCGUGAUCGUCUUCGGCACCUUCGUCUCGAUCGCCACCGUGGACAAUCUUGGACGCCGAAAGCUCUUCUUGCAAGGAGGCGCACAGAUGCUCAUAUCUCAGUUGGUGGUGGGAACUCUAAUUGCGUUCAAGUUUGGGAUCAGCGGUGUGGCCACCGAUGUAACAAAGAACUACGCCAGCAUCAUAGUGCUCUUCAUCUGCUUCUACGUUGCAGCCUUUGCAUGGUCAUGGGGGCCUCUGGGGUGGUUGGUACCAAGUGAGAUCUUCCCCCUCGAGAUCCGCUCGGCUGGGCAAAGCAUCACCGUCUCCGUCAACAUGUUCUUCACGUUCUUGAUCGCCCAGGUGUUUCUGACCGCACUGUGUCACCUCAAGUUUGGCCUCUUCUACUUCUUCGCCGGGUGGGUGGCGAUCAUGACUGCCUUCAUCGCCUUCUUUUUGCCCGAGACCAAGAGCGUACCCAUCGAAGAGAUAACUCUGGUCUGGAAGAAGCAUUGGUUCUGGAGCAAGUUCAUCUCCGACGAGGACGUUCAUGUCGGGAACUCCGAAUCGGUCGACGACAGAAUUGAAGAUGCGUGA